GUGUUUUCCAGUUAAUAUUUGUGGCUAGUUUAUUUAUUCUGCAGUGUAUUGUUGCUGGGCUGUGUACGGAGCAGUGAGCAAUCCUUGGAUUUUGGAUUCCAGUCACUAUGUGGAAAAAACAUUUUGUCUUUUCCUUUUUUGUUUUGGCCGUUGCUACAAAUUGUAUAGCGUAUGGACAAACCAGAAGAAAGGGACAAAGGCCAAGUUCUCUUCUAGCAAGACAAGACAAUCUUCAGGAUUCCACCUGCUUCAUUGAUAUCCUCUUUAUCCUGGACACAUCUGAAAGUGCCAGAGGGGACCUUUUUCAGAACCAGAAAGAUUUUGUCAGCCUCUUAAGUGACAAAAUUUUCCGCCUGAAGCCCACUCGUGUCCAAAGGUACGAUAUCCGGCUAGCAGUCAUGCAAUUCAGCAGCUCAGUCAUUAUCGACCAUCACUUAAGAUCCUGGAGAGGCCUGCAGAACUUUAAGCAAACCUUCUCUAGAAUGUCCUUUAUUGGACAGGGCACCUACACCUAUUAUGCUAUUUCCAAUGCUACUCACCUGUUCCAAACAGAAGGACGAGAAAAAAGCAUCAGAGUGGUUUUGUUGAUGACUGAUGGUAUUGACCAUCCAAACAGUCCUGGUGUUCAGGGCAUCUCUAACGAUGCCAGAGCUCUUGGAAUAUCUUUCAUUACCAUUGGCCUUUCUAAUGUCGUCGAUCGAGCCAAACUGCGGUUGAUAUCUGGUGAUUCUCCGGGGAUACCUGUUCCAAUCUUGGAUGAGUUCAACCUUUCAGAUAAAAUCCGGGACCGGUUGGAAACUUUAUUUAAUCAGAAGUGCUGUGAGCUGGGUGGCUGCGAAGAGAAGCGCUGCGAAUGCCAGAAGGGAGAGCCAGGACCCCCAGGACCUGCCGGAUAUCAUGGUGAAAGCGGGCAGAAGGGAGAACGAGGAUCUAAAGGAGAAAAGGGCGAGUUUGUAAAAGGAGACCCCGGAGAAAAGGGUUCUGAGGGUAGUCCUGGCUUAAUGGGCGAAAAGGGUAACAAAGGGGAGUGCGGAAUACCAGGCGUAAAAGGAGACAGAGGGCAGGAAGGUCCAUUUGGCCCGAAGGGACCUAGAGGCCUUCAGGGAAUUGCUGGCCCUCCAGGUGAGCCUGGUCCAAAAGGUAUUCAAGGAAAGAAGGGGGAGCCAGGGCCAACAGGCCCUUAUGGACCUCCAGGAGUCCCUGGAACUGGCUAUCCAGGACCUAAGGGUGAGAGAGGUCAGGAAGGAAGAACUGGGCCACCAGGACCUACUGGAAUUGGUGAGCCAGGCUUAGUGGGUCCCCGUGGUCCUCAGGGCGUGGCAGGUGAAAGGGGUCAACCAGGAGAAGGAAUUCCAGGCCAAAAGGGUGAAAAAGGUUCUGAAGGGCCAGCAGGACCAGUUGGACCACCAGGCCAGUUCAUCAAAGGAGAUAAGGGUGAGCGAGGGAUGGAUGGACUGCAGGGCCCGAUGGGACCAACUGGAACUGGUAUCCAAGGAGUUCAGGGAAUUCAAGGUCCGAAAGGGGUGCCUGGGAUAAAAGGUUCACGAGGCGUAGGCCUACCUGGACCAAAGGGACAAGAUGGUGCACCUGGACUAAAAGGAGACAUAGGACUACCAGGAAUUGGACUACCUGGACCUAAGGGAGAUCUAGGAAUACCAGGAUUUCCAGGAGAAAAUGGGAAACCAGGGUUAACUGGAGAAAUUGGGAAAAAGGGGGAACGAGGAUUUCCUGGCCCAAGAGGCCCAGAAGGAAUGCCUGGGAGAGGAGAAAUGGGUCUGAAGGGUGAAAUGGGACAGAAAGGAGAGCAAGGAUUUGCUGGUGUGAGAGGAGUAUCAGGUCCACUAGGACCAAAGGGUGAACCUGGAAUCAAAGGUGCAGUUGGUAACCCUGGACCUUCAGUUCGUGGGCCACCUGGCCCCAAGGGGGAACAAGGAUUUGCUGGGCCUCCUGGAAAUGAUGGAAGUCCUGGAAAUUCCAUUAUGGGACCUAUGGGGAUUCCCGGAGCACCCGGUCCUCAGGGACCAAGAGGUCUGAAAGGAGCGGGUGACCCAGGGCAAAAGGGAGAACCUGGAACGAGAGGACCUUCAGGGCCUCCUGGGCAACCAGGAAUCGGAAUACCUGGGCCAAAGGGUGCCAUGGGGCAAAAAGGCUUGCCUGGGCCACAGGGCCCUCCAGGAUAUGGUACACAAGGAAGUAAGGGAGAACCAGGCUUUCAAGGCUUGCCAGGACCAAAAGGCUCCAUGGGGCUUGGACUUCCUGGCCCUAAGGGAGAAUAUGGAGAUAAAGGUGAUCAAGGAAAGAGAGGUGACAAAGGAGAGACUGGUGAUCUUGGACCUGCAGGACCAAGGGGGUUUUCAGGAGCUAAAGGUGAACCUGGUCUUACUAAAGAAGAUAUAAUCAAACUCAUAAUGGAAAUAUGUGGCUGUGGGUUUGACUGCAGGGACAGUCCUUUGGAACUUAUAUUUGUGAUUGACAGCUCUGAAAGUGUGGGGCCCGCCAAUUUUGACCUCAUCAAACGUUUUGUAAAAGCAGCCAUUGACAAAGUCCGAGUUGACCCAGUGACAGCGCGUGUCGGCAUCAUCAACUUCAGCCACAGGGGAUAUGUGGUAUCCACUUUGCCACAAUGCACCAGCCAAGACUGCCUGAAUAUCGCUGUUGAUAAAAUGCAUUAUUUAGGAGAGGGCACAUACACAGCUACCGCUCUCAAUAAAACCAUUGGGAUGUUCCAGGAGGCCCGACCGGAGGUGAAAAAAGUGGCCAUCGUCAUAACAGAUGGGCAAGCGGAUGUUCGUGAUGAAAAGUUGGAAGAUGUAGUCAAGGUUGCGCAUAACCGCGACAUAGAAAUAUUUGUAAUUGGUGUGGUUCAAAAGAAUAAUUCCAAUUAUAAAAACAUUCGGAAAGAGAUGGAGCUCAUUGCUACAGACCCAGACAGUGAGCAUAUCUGCGAGAUACAUAAUUUCUUCGGCUUACGAUCUCUUGAGGAAAAGAUCUUCAAACAAAUUUGUAAAAAUGUUUCUGCCACCCAUAUCAAGAAAGUGCUGAGUUCAUCCUCGGCACUUUACCCUGAAGGUGAACGGACGGGUCAGUUUGCUAGAGCGCAGACUCCAGAGCCGUACAUCCCUCCAUCUGAGCCAGAAUCAGAUUAUCUAUACCCUCCCUGGACACGCAGAGAACCCUAUGCCACCACACUUUCUCCUAGGCAUACUCCUGUUACUCAUAGACAAGAUUAUAGGGAACCCAGAACCCACACUCCAGCAACUCCUCUCUCACCUAAUGUAACUCAUUCUUUGCGGCCGACAUCAGCCAUUGUGCAGCCUCGGAUAGUAAUAGGUGGAGCAAAAGCUGCUAGGUGCUUGGAACCAAUGAGACCCGGAGACUGUCGAAACUACCAAGUGAAGUGGUAUUAUGACAAGGAUGCCAAUUCUUGUGCCCGAUUUUGGUAUGGUGGCUGUCAGGGUACCCAUAACCGGUUUGAGACAGAACAAGAGUGCCGAGCAACGUGUGUUCAAGAAUAA